GCAGGGAACGGUGAUUUUGGAAAUAGUUGUGGGUGUCCAUAUCAGUGAUGAAAUUUCUCUAGUAACAACGCAUCGCUACUAAUAUAACUGAUCGUCAAUACCACAUCGAACCAAUACGGAGCCUCGUGAUCGCCAAGGUGAACCGUCGAGCGAUACAAACCGGAGAUUUAAAAAACCAAAAAAAACAAAAACGACUCCCGUCUCCCGUUUGCGCUUUGCAUCUGAAAACGACAAUUCUCCAUUGCCAUGAUAACUCAAGCGAAUGCUUUGUGGAGAGCAUCCGACUAUCGGCGUGACAACGGCUGCGCGCUUCACCGAGGGCCGCGGAGAUAGAAUGAAACGAACGCUUCCGAAGAGACUGGACGUUAGAGAAUUCAUCAGAACAUGCCGUACAAGACGGCGCCUCAACGAUUCACCGUUACAUGACAUGGAUGAACAUCCGUGGCUCAUAAUUAAUCAACCAAACGCGCACCUGUUCGGGAAGAAUCGCGGAGUGUUGCUGUCGGUCUGAGCAAUGGCCGCGCCGAGAAGAAUUCAUCUCACCGCACUCUCAAGCAAUGCACGCUUUCCUCUUCCCACCGUCCCCAGUGCCACCGACCAGCCCGUCAAACAGGGCUUACCGGCGCCGGCACCCCCGCAUCCUUCAACGAGAGUGGAAUUAAAACUCUUCGAGUCGAAUGAGCAACGCUGCCCGGAGUUUAGCUACCCGGAUUUGAUCAGCGCAAAAGAAACCACUGAGAUAAAGAAACCUCUAACGUUAGAUGAGGUUGUGGAGAACCAGGAGAGAGAUGAACUGGAGGUGCUUGUAAAAAAGUUUGAAGCAAAAUAUGGUGGAGCUGGCAAAAGAAAAAAAGACCGUUUACAGGAUCUGGUGGAUAUGGGCUUUGGUUACGAUGAAUCCGAUUCAUUCAUUGACAACUCUGAGGCCUAUGAUGAGCUUGUCCCAGCUUGUCUCACCACCAGAUACGGAGGCUUCUACAUCAACUCUGGAACGCUGCAGUUCCGGCCAGCGUCUGAUGAGGGAGAAGAGAACGAGAAUGACUUUGAGGGCAGCGGUUUUAAACCUAAGAAACGAAAGCUUAAGCAAGGAAAAGACAAGAAGAUUGGGAAGAAAAAGAAAGAGGAAGACAUGCUUGCUAGGAAGGAAGAAGAGGAAGCAAGAAAGAGGUUUUCGCGGCUGGAUAGAUUAGUGUUUACUACCCUGAAGAAAACACACUUUCCAAAAUAUCCUAUAGGAGUAAUCAUUGAUUCUUUUAUAAAUGCCCUCAUUGUUUGCUUUUUCCUUCUUCUCAGCACCCUGCCAGACAAAUCGUCUGCGAAGAAGAAGAAAAACAAGAAGCCGCUGAGCAUCGACAAGAUGCUGAAGAAGUUCCACAAGGAAAAGCUCCAGCAGCUGCAGAUGUUCAACUCUAGAGAGAGAGAUGCUCAUGCUCUCAACGACGCCAUGCAAGCUGAGGUUCAAGAACCGCCCAUAUCAGCUGACCCCCUUCUCACGCUUAUUGGUUCUGCCAGUGCAGAUGACCUCCUUCAGGCGGUCAAAGCAGCAGAGCAAGACUUUGACUUAGAUGGACUCCUGGGGGAGCCGCAGAACAUCUGCUCUCCAAGCCUGGAGGACAACAGAGAGGCUCUGGUAGUGUCCGUCACUGAGAAACCCCCUACAUUACUUCCCGAUGGUCUGCCGCCUAUAUUAGAGGAGCACAUUAAGGAACUUUCCCAGGCUGUCAAGAAAAUUGAAGGGCAAAACAAGAUGGAAACUUUGUCUUCAGAACUCAACAGUGUUCUGCUAGAUGUGGAGGUGAACUCUAAACAGCUUAGCGGCAAAGUGCGCUCCAGAAUCUUCUCCUAUUUGGCAUCACAGCUGUCCUGCAGCAAAGGCACUCUGGUUAAAAGAGCCAAAAAACUCCACAGUCUACAGCAGGAUGAACAGCUGCGGGAGCUGCUGAAGAAGCUGGAGAAUGCGGUUGCCAGGUCCAUGCCAGAACAGAUCACCCGUUUCCAGAAUCACUGCCAAGCUCACUCUGAAGCCAGAGCUGCCAAACUUGAGGCUGAGAAAGAGAGGGUGAUUGAUGGCUCUGAUGAAGAAGAAGAGGAAAGGAGUGGAAAACGAGUGUUCGGGCCUCGCAAGAGGUUCAGAUGGAACGAAGAGAUCAGGGAGCUGCUCUUUGAGAUCGUCAAUUUGAAGAUGAUUAUUUAUGAUUCCGAGUCGCUUGCGUGCUCUAGUUUGGAAGAGUAUCUGAAAGCAUUCCUAGAGGCCGAUGUUAAACCACUUUGGCCUAAAGGAUGGAUGCAAUCCAGGAUUUUGCUUAUAGAAACACGAAAAGCCCAUGGCCACAUUACUGGUGUUGUGGCAAGGAAAAAGCCAAUAGGUACAACAAAACUAAAAAAGGUCAGCUCCACCCCUGAGGAUAGUAAGAAUAAUCCAGAAAUUCAGGGCCCACCAGCACUUAAACGCAAACGCUUGAGCGUACCUGUGAGCAUGCAACCCGAAGCCACGCUGAGCACCACUGCCAAAACCCCCUCAAACACACAAACAUCUGCCGCCUUCUCCACCCAUCUUCCUAAUCAGAACCACAAGGAAGGUAACAAGAUUGAGAACCAUCAUACCAGCACUCAGAGAAGUCCGGUGACGGCAGAGGGAGCUGGAUCAGUCCAGAUGAUGUGGAGCAGGUCUGCUGUGGAUUCGGAUUCAAAGCGGCUCCAGACUGGAGAGAGGGCGACUCCAAAACUGACGCUGGUGGCUCCGCCGGAUGGUGCUGAGGGAGACUGUCCGUCAGUGGUGCAGGGAGUGGCCAGGCUGCUCACCACGACCUCAGUGGGUGACACGCCAGUUUCUAUGGCAGCAGCAGCCGGUGAGAUCUCCUGUGGAAACCCAGCUCUUCCCACUCCUUCUCUAUCACUCCUUCCAUCCUCUUAUCCCAGCACGGUACAGCCGGGGGUUUUACCGAGCUUUGCCCCCCUGCAUGCUCUCCCGUUCCCUGGGCUCAGCCCUGGCACCAAACUCCCUGGACAGCCUCAGGCCUGCAAAGGAGCUGUUUUUCCUGGCCCAGCAACUGGAAAUUUCCAGCAUGGUCUCGCACACGGUAACUCCAUGCUGUGCUCUAGCACGCUUCAUCUUCUCUCUGUCCCUGUUUCUUCUCCUGCUCCUCUUCAUUCUUUAACACCAUGGCUCUUUGGUUUAGAUGGAAGCCAGAUGCACACAGAUGGUCUAAAUGCUCGGAGAAAGCUACAUUAAUGGCCAUUAGAAUGAAAUGAAAGAUGGCUGUUACCUAAAGCAAAAUCUGCUACUUUUCGUAUGAUUAUGAAGAUGGAGCUGACAGAACGUGGAUCUGAAUUCAAAUUUAAAAGAGAAGAUUAGGAGACAUUUAAUUUGUAUGUUUUAGAAUCAAUCUUUUUCAAAAAAAGUUUAUUUGGAUAAAAAAAAAAAUGCACUUAUUGAAAAUGGACAUAAGGACUAUAUCUAUAAAUCUUUUUGUUUUUCACAGUAUUGAUUAUAUUUAGAAUGAUUUGACCAGCCGUGUGACCUCAGUGCAGUGAUAUGCACUUGUAACGCACUUACUUUCAACUUCUAAGGCAGAUAUUUCUGUAUUCUACACCUCCUUAAUUUCCAUCUCUCUCUCUCUCUCUCUCUCUCUCUCAGAGGGGAUCUACCAGUUAAGAUCCACAAUCCUAACUUAUUUAUGAAAUUAAAUGAACGGUUAAUUCCAGGUGGUGUGGGUUUCCACGCUACAGUGUUAUUUUCAAAUACAUGUUUGCAUUGAAAAUAUAAAGGAGCUCAGAAUCUGUUGUACUAGUCAAAGCCAGAGACUGCACUUUUUCUUGUUUUCUUGAUGUUGUUGUUGUUGUUGGACUGGGUAAUGAAAAUGAUGCCAGUGUAAUGAUCUCAGGGCUGUUUAAGUACGGUGGCCGAGUUAUUGAGUAAUGCUGCAAUAUAUGUAGAGAACAUGCACUCGCUUUUGUUUUUGAACUUACUGAAAAAUGACUUUGAAAAAAUAUUUGAAGGUGUAAUGUGGAAAUAAAGUUUCCUAAAAUAUUC